AUGGUGCGCUUGCGUAAGUACUCUCCUUCCUUCUUAACCCAUGGGCUCGGAGAUAAUUUCUGUUUAGCUAGAGAAGAUAUUGGGAAUAAAGAGGAAGUGAAGCAAGAUGAAGCAGAACACUCAACCUUCAAUCAGAAUUCGAAAGAAAUUCUUACAGAAUAUGGAUCUCUUCCGGACCUAGUCAAUUUCAAUAAUUAUGACACACAUGCCCAAUCUGAAUUCUCAAAUACUCUAAGGUCUGUUAAAACAGUGGAGCCUUCCAACAUCAAGGUGGUAUUACUGAGAGAGUCUAAAUUCAAGAAAUACUUAUUUGCUCCCAUCCUUACUAUCUUGACUUGAGGGUUUGCAUUUAUUUUCGCAGAGUGGUACUCCUCAUUCAUGAGAUUCUUUCUGUACUGAGACGCUACAAAUGAGGAGGAUGCAACUGAUCUCUUUAUUGAAGAAACUCGAGAAGAGACAGCAGAUGUAAAUGAAGAUGGGAUAAAGGAAAAAGUCAAUGUCAUAGAGACAGACAUCAUUAAUAUCAAGACAAAGAUUGGGCCAUUGUGCAAGUUCCAAUAUAAAUACACUCCUUUCUUCUACAACGUAAAUGAAGGAAUAGUCAAGAAGAUCGAGUAUAACUACGAAAGAAAGUUUAAAAAUCUUCGAAACCUUAAAGCUGGGAUUUCAGAAUGUGACUAUGAUGAUCUGCUGUCUCUCUAUGGGUCAUGCAAAAUGGAACUAAUCAUUGACCCUUGGUACAGAAUUCUAAUUAGAGAUACAUUAAAUGCAUAUUAUUUAUACCAGAUCAUGGGUCUGACAGUUUGGUAUAUUUCAGGGUACUAUAAAUAUGCCACUCUCAUUGUUGUCUUAAUGGUGUACUCUGUUUACACUGAGUACUAUGAUUUGAAGGAAUCUAUGGAAAAGUUGAGGAAGAUUGCCAGAUAUGAAUGAAAAAUCAAAGUUAGACGGUUUGAUGAGCAAGGUAAACUCGAAAUUAGAGAUAUUAAUAGUAGCGAGUUAGUGCCAGGAGAUGUGUUCGAAAUCCCUAAUGGCUGAAUCCUCCCUUGUGAUGCAGUGCUUAUCUCUGGUGAAACUAUUGUUAAUGAAGCUAUGUUAACUGGUGAAAGUAUCCCUUCUAUUAAAACAUGUGUGCCUCAAAAUGAUGACUAUGUUGACCAUUUUUCAGUUGAAAAUGGAAUGCAAUUGAAGCACUUCUUAUUUUCAGGGACAGAGGUUAUCCAAAACAAAGAAACAGGGACUGAUUGAUUGGCAAUUGUAGUAAAAACUGGCUUCUUAUCAGCCAAAGGAGAAUUAAUAAGAUCUAUUUUAUAUCCAACACCAAACAGAUUCAAGUUCGAUCUUGAAAUCAGAUAUUUCCUCUCAGGAAUGAUGGUGCUUGCCUUGAUUAUGUGGGGUGCAGCUCUUCCUACAUUUAUAAAAUACUUCUCGUUAGGGGAUAUUUUCCUUGAAACGUUUGAUAUUUUCUCCCUUCCAGUUCCUCCAGAGCUCCCUGUUGCUAUGAGUGUUGGUGUAAUCUUUGCUCUGAGAAAGCUUAAGAAUAAAGGAAUCAGCUGAAUUAAUAUUAACAGAAUCAAUGUCGCAGGUAGAGUUAAAACAGCUGUGUUAGAUAAGACUGGAACCUUGACUGAAGACACUAUCUCUGUCUCAAAAUGAGAGAUCUUUGAUGGAAAGUCAUUCAUUCCUCCUGUGUAUCCUCCUGAUAAUAUUCCUAUUGAUACCUCAAUAUGGUUCAACAAGAAGGCAUAUCAGAGCUGCAAGAAUGAUCAUAAUGUGAAGUUCACUGAAUGUAUGGCAAGCAGUCAUUCCAUUGCUCUUUAUAAGGAUGCACCAAUUGGAGACAUCCUUGAAAUAGAAAUGUUUAGAACCUCUCAGUGGAUUAUGAUUGAAAAUGAUAACCCAAAAUACAACAGUGACGACCAAUGGGGAAAUCUAUUAAUUCCUAAAGAAGCAAGACCUAAAAUUUCUCCAGAUCUUGAUGCAAAUCCUGACCAUUUCUUGAUGAUCCAAGUUUGUAAAUUUGACUUCUCUUCCGAUGUCCAAAGAAUGAGUGUGAUCGCUAAGCCAAGCUACGAUUCAACUUAUGUGUGAUAUACAAAAGGUGCUCCUGAACAGAUUCUUAAGCUUUGUGUUCCAAAUUCAGUCCCUGAAGAUUUUGAAGAGACUUUGAAAACCAACACAUCAAAAGGAAAAAGGGUGAUUGCUUUAUCAUACAAAUACAUUCCUGAUUUUGAUGAAUCCCAGAUUCCCUUCUUAAAAAGAGAGGAUAUUGAGCAUUCUCUGAUUUUCCUAGGAUUCUUAGUGAUGUCAAAUAACGUAAAGCCUUGAACAAAGCAGUCUAUAGAUGAGCUGAAAGAAGGAAAUGUUGUCCCUGUCAUGGCAACUGGUGACAAUCUCUUGACAUCAAUAGCGGUCUCUUAUAAAUGAAGCAUCCUAACGAACAAAGUAUAUUAUAGUUGUGAAAAAGCUGAGAAUGGAGAUAUUUUAUUCAUCAAGAAAAAGGGCUAUAAAAGAGUGGAACCUACUUAUUCCAACAUUGGGAGCUUGGAUAUAGCUGACGAGGAUAGCCAUCUUCUGGUUUCUCACUCUGCGAGCUAUCCAGAAAGACUUAAUAGUAACUGAAUAAGAGAUGUCAUGGAUGGCAAUAAAGAUGACUUAGAAAUAGUUGUAACCGGGGCAGUGUUGCAAUACAUUGUUGAAUGAUCUGACAAUAGAUCCUAUAUCUGAGGCUAUAAUUCUGAAGAGAUCCUUAACACUCUCUUGAAAAAUUGAAAGGUAUAUGCAAGAAUGUCUCCAAGUCAGAAAGCAACACUUGUUCAAGAACUUCAAGAUAAUAGUGGAGAAAUGAUUGCAAUGUGUGGAGAUGGAGCUAACGAUUGAAAUGCAUUGAAAGUAGCAGAUGUAGGACUUUCUUUAUCCACCUCUGAAGCUUCAAUUGCUGCUCCGUUCACUUCUUCUUGUGAGAAUAUAUCUUCACUUGUUGACUUAUUGAGAGUUGGUAGAUCAUCUCUUGAUCUUAGCUAUCUUCUUUUUAAGUACAUGCUUGUAUAUUCUUCAAUGGAAUUUACCAGCGUAAUAAUCCUCUAUUUCCACACCAGUAAUAUUAGUGAUUCUCAGUUGCUAUUCAUUGAUUUCUUUUGAGCUACUCCGAUGACUAUUUUCCUAUGAAGCUUGAAAGAAAAAUCAAAGUUAUCGCCAAAUUUUCCUCCUGGUUCUCUCUUAUCACCCUCUAUCCUUUUAAGCUUGAUUGGCCAAAUGGUCUUAAUAGGAGCUUCCAUUUUUGCAAUAUUCAUGACUCUCAGAGGUCAGAACUUCUUCACUCCCCAUCACAAGAGUGGUGAUAUUGCUGAUGAGAACCAAGAAGUUACAACUGUUUUCGCUUUUACGCUGCCUUUGUAUAUAUUCAUUGGGUUUGUGUUUAAGUCGUCAUCGAGAUUCAUGGGCAAAAUAUCUGAUCUCCCCACUGAGCAGAUAAUAUUAGCAGCAGUUGUUUUCUUGUCCCAGCUCGGCCUGUGAUACUGGAUUUGCCUUGGCCCACUAGGCUUCAUGAAAGAUGCCCUUGACUUAGUCUCAAUAGACUUUUACUUCAGAAUUAUCAUAUCAGGCUUUUCAACAUUCGUAGUCAUGAUUUCUUUCUUCUAUGAGCAGGUUAUACAUUGAUUGACUAAAAGAGAUAUAAUUGAGUAAAAUUAGCAGAUUGAGACAUGAGAAUUUCAUGAGUAAAGAGAUGAUUAAUAAAUUCUUAUGUCACAAUAAAUACGUCAUAUUAAAAUUCUUUCUUUAAUGAUAAAAC